AUGAUCGCGACCAACAUGAUCAAGGAUGUGCGAGUCCCUCUCAAGUCGGGUGGAGCAACUACAUGUCGAGGAUGUCAACAAGGGAAAAUGGUCCAAAAACCAUUUCCAAGCAACCGAGACAAGCGCAGCUACGAUACGUUUGAGCUACUUCAUCUGGACAUCUGCGGGCCCAUGGAAAAGGAUUCGCUCGGUGGCAGCAAAUAUUUGCUGCUGAUCAUCGACGAAGCCAGUGGAUGCAUGAAGGGCUUUUGUCUACGAGUGAAGUCCGAGAGUGAAGACUACAUCCGGAAAUAUAUCACCAUGGUACAGACGCAAUUCUGUAAGAAGGUCAAGUUCGUGCGACACGACGGAGCUCGCGAGUUUGCAACCAACUCGCUUCAACUGUUCUACGAAGACGAAGGCAUUGAACAGCAGACAACGGUGCCGUAUGCACAUCAAACAAACGGAACAGCAGAGCGUGCCAUUAGGACUAUUGUCACGAUCGGCCGCAGCAUGCUUCAUCAUGCCAAACUGGACAAGUGUUUCUGGGCCGAAGCAGCGAUGACGGCCAUCUACGUCAAGAAUCGACUGUGUUGA